AUGGUGGGCAAAUUUCAUGCCCGUCUAUAUAAGACGGACCGUGCGCGGGACUUUGAUCAUGAACAGGAUCGAUAUGUUCGGAUGCAACAAAUUUAUGAGACGAUAGACCGGCAAGGGUAUCAAUGGAUCGUGGUAUUGGUUGCUGGUCUGGGCUUCUUCUUGGAUGGUUAUACACUCUUUGCGACGAAUAUGGCUCUGCCUAUGAUUUCCUACGUCUACUGGAAAGACGAUACCUCCUCGAUCCGACUUACAUGUAUUAACAUGGCUACACUCGCUGGAACCCUCGUCGGAAUGAUUCUCUUCGGUUUCCUAGCGGAUAAAAACGGGCGCAAGAAAAUGUAUGGUGUGGAACUGGUACUGUUGAUUACAUCGACCCUCGGUGUGGUCAUGUCUUCGGAAGGCAAGGAUGGCAGUAUGAACGUCUUCGCCUGGUUGAUCUGGUGGAGAGUAUGCGUCGGAAUCGGUGUUGGUGCCGAUUAUCCGCUGAGUGCAGUUAUCACAUCAGAAUUUGCUCCAACAAAGCACCGUGCUCGCAUGAUGGCCAGUGUCUUCUUUAUGCAGCCACUAGGUCAAAUUGCUGGAAACGUGGUCUCGCUCAUCGUUAUCGCCGUCGGUCGAAACAAUAACACAGAUGCAGCCGAAAUGGCUCGAAAUGUCGAUAGUAUGUGGCGCUGGGUUCUUGGUAUUGGUGUCGUCCCCGGUGCGAUCGCGACCUUGUUUCGAUUCGCUAUUCCGGAAAGUCCGAGAUACUUGGUUGAGAUCGACGAUGACCCAGUCACUGCUGAGUUUGAUGCGACCACCCUCUUUAGUGAGCCGAUGGUCAGUCCUGGAUUUGAUGCACGGGGCUUUGGAACAGUGACUUCCAUUACUGGUACUGGUAGUGCGAUCCAACUCCCGCCGAUCUCCUCUCUGGCAAGUUCAUCCAUCCAUGAGGACGAAGAGUACAACCCGUUGCCACCCGCGACCCUCAACUCCCACUGGCGACUUGCGAAAUCUGAUAUCAUCCGAUACUUUUGGACAGAGGGUAACUGGCGCAGCCUAGUGGGUACCUCCGUGGCAUGGUUACUCAUGGAUUUCGGUUUCUAUGGAAUCAGUCUGGCAAGUCCACAGUUCCUUGCAAAGACAUGGGGCCAGCUUCAUAUCACCCAGUCGGAGCCAUACUGGAUGACUGACUCCCGAGCUGGAGCCAACGUUUAUGAGAUGUUCUUCCAGACAUCCGUUCGCGCUCUGGUCAUUUUGAAUAUUGGCAGCUUUGUCGGUGGUCUUUUGCUCAUUAUCUUCGCCCACCGCAUUGAACGAGUCGCUCUGCAGAAGUACACUUUCCUCGGCCUAUCCCUUCUUUUCAUCGCUUUGGGCAGUCUAUUUGUUUGCUUGGUAAAUAGCCCAGCUGCCUCAGUGGCGCUAUACAUUGUUGGUCAAAUUUUGUUCAACUUUGGCCCCAACGCAACUACAUACAUGAUUCCCGCCGAAAUCUUUCCCACUCGUUACAGAGCUACCUGCUACGGUCUCAGCGCUGGCGCUGGCAAGCUAGGUUCCAUCCUCGUUCAAAUCUUUUCAACCUACUAUCGAUUCGGCGGAGGUCUCGGAGACACCUCCACUCGCCACCACGGCAUCGUUCUUUUUGUUUUCAGCGGAUGCAUGAUUCUAGGUGCAUUCGUCACACAUAUCUAUAUUCCCCCUCUUCUGGAGAAGAAGGGCCGAAAUAUUCUCUGGGGCGGCAAGCCAUAUACUCUUGAGACUAUGGCUAUGGGUCGCCAGGGGCGCAAGAGUCGCGAACCAGGUCUCAGGAAAAGACCAACUCGACAGCGCUCCAUGUCGUACGCUAAGUAG